AGGGGAUCGCGGGCCGCGGGAUGACCUCAAGAGGGAGGAGCCGCGGCAGGGCCCGCGCGGCGCCGCCCAGCCGCAGGCCGCCGCCAGCGGCGCGCCUGCCUGGGCAGAGGCCGCCAGGACCCCGCUGGCGGCGCUCGCGUCUCCCGGGGCCGGGGCGAGGUCGUCCGCGUUUUUCGAGGAUCUGAUUUCUUUCCUCGAGAUGCACAGCCUGCCCGGCGCGUACGCGCUCGUCAUCGCGGCGCACGGGAUACAGGACCUGUCGCAGCUGCUGACGCUGGACGACGCCGCGCUGGACCGAGUCCUGGUGAAGUGCGAACUGGACGCCGUGGACGAGAUCCUGCUGAAGGACGCGCUGCAGCGCGUCCGCCCUAACCCCGACGGCGACUGAAUCCGGGCCGGGGCCUCCCCAAACGGGGCGGGGGUGAGUUCAGUGAGGGGCGCCGCUCCUCGUCGUGCCUCGUCGUCGUCGUCGUCGACGCCGUCGCUGCUUCGUGUUCGCCGUCGUGUCGGCGCGGGCGCCGCGUGUGCCGCGGGCGCCGCGGCUCGCGUCGGCUGCUGCCGUGCCCCGCUUGCCCCGGGGGCUGCCUGGCGCCCGGCGCCCCGGCGCCCCCGCGCGGGAAAAGGGGGCCCUCCCUGCAG